AUGUCCGCAAAGUAUACUGGUUCCAUGACACCUGGUAGAAUACGAAAAAUUUCACCUGGUAUAUCAAAUACUCAACGUACAUUUGAUGAUGAUAUGGACGAUUGUGAAAUAGAUGAAAAUGAAUUGGAUGGAAAUUUUCGGAUGAUUCAUAAUGUUCCAAUUAACAGUCAACAACGUCAAUCAUCUGUUCACCAAUCGAAUUACAACAAAAAUACUAGUACUUAUUAUACUCCUCAAUUAAAACGGAAACGUAUUCAAGACCAAGUGACAUCUCCUUCUCAUGAUCCUUUUACAGAAAAUCCAACACCCAAUGAACCACCUCGUGAACUUCCUGUUAUUAAUCCAACACCCAGUGAACCACCUCGUGAACUUCCUGUUAUUGAACAUGGCGGUCGAAAUUUAUUUUCGCGUCCGAUCGGUCCGACACCGGCUCAUUUAAUGAAAAGUCUGAUUAAUGACUUAUUUACAAAAGAAGAAAUAAUGGCUCGAGAGCACGAAAACACCAAUGAACGAACAGAAAAAAUCAAAAGUGAGUACUACGUAUUGCUUCGUCGUUUUCAUUGUAUCUGUUUAACUGUUUUAGGAGCUGUCAAAGUAUAUUUUUUCCAAAAUGAUGAUAUUCAAGUUGCUGGUUUUUGGGAUUUUGAAGGUAAAAUCAUUCGUGAAAAUCAACGAAGAGGAGUUAUGUUUCGAAACAAAUGA